UGCUUAUACUGUGGCCGGGCCAUGUUGUAUUUUAGUUCCAAAAUGUAGGGUUUUAAUUUUUUAGAUGGCACCACAAACGCCGGUCACUCAAAAUAUACAGGAGUCUUGAGUGUGACUGACGGCCCUCAAACAAAUAUGAUAGAACGUAACGUUAGAUGAUUUGUAGAUAACAAUUAAUCAUAGUGAGUUGUUACUAUAAUUUAUGAGCAAGGGAUAAUAUCUUAAACAUUGAGAAGAUGGACGAUCAAGCGUGUCCACGAUGCAAGACCACCAAAUACCGAAAUCCAUCCUUGAAAUUGAUGGUAAACGUUUGCGGCCAUACAUUAUGCGAGAGCUGCGUGGAUUUACUCUUUUUGAAAGGUUCUGGAUCCUGUCCGGAAUGCAAGAUACCAUUGAGAAGAACAAAUUUCCGAGUUCAGAUGUUUGAGGAUUCCAUGGUCGAAAAGGAAAUAAAUAUAAGGAAACGUAUUCUGCGAGAUUUCAAUAAAAAGGAAGACGACUUUCCUACGUUGAGAGAAUACAACAAUUACUUGGAGGACAUUGAGACUAUAAUAUACAAUUUGGCAAAUAACAUUGAUGUUAUCGAGACAAAUAAGAAAAUAGAACAGUAUAAGAAGGACAACAAGGAACAAAUAGCAAAGAGUAAGUCGAAACUUGGUAGGAGCGAGCACGAAUUGGAGGAGAUGAUAGAAUUAGAAAAACAAAAGGAGGAGGAGAGGAGGGUAGAACUUGCGAAGGAGGAGGUGGAAGCGAAGAGAAAGAGGAUUCGCGAGAAGGAGGCUCUGAUAGACGAGCUGACAUUUUCCGAUGCGAGUGCCAAAAAUAUUGUCGAGUCGUUCGCCUCUGCGAUCCAGACGCAGAAGAAGGAAGCGAAGGCUAAUUCCGCGAUCAAAGCUACUCAGUUUAGCACGGGAAUUAAGUUUGGCAAUCAAGGAAAUCAAAAUUACAUAUCAGUGCCGAAGGUAGAGGAGGGUCCUCUGUAUUCGUACACGCCUAUCCGACAGCAGAUAGAAGGCCCGUCACCACCUGGUUGGCGAGAGCUUCAGGCUCGCGGAUACGUUUCGCACAUACGUAGUGAAUCUCAGGUCGAGAGAGCAGGAGGAUUUAAAGCGCAUGUCGCGUGUCUGCGCGCACUGCAGGAAGCUAUGGCCGGUUUGUAUCACAACCCUUCGCAGCGACAGGCAGAAUUUGCGACUGUAUGACCGCAUAAAUUGUUUUUACGCAACCACGAACGUGAUGACGUCUCUUUGGUCGUCUCAAUUUUUUAGUACAUUGCAACGUUGCAUACGCAAAUUUAAUACUAAUGAAACAAUUAUGAUUUCUCUUUGUCACGUGAAACAUAUCAGUGUGGGAUUUUUGCUACAGGGUGACAUGGUUGAGCCAUGUCACAUGAAAUGUAAUUGAAAUUACCAAAGUGUCUAUCAUCGAAGAAAGGAUUCUGUUCUUUAAAUUAAAUGUAUAUUUUUAAAUAAUUUGUCUGCUGAUUGAAACAAAUACGUAUUGUUAAUUUAAGUAGUAUACAUGAAUUUCAAUACACAUUCCUUUACGAUUGAAGAUAGCGGAUAUCUUUCUUCUCGAAAAAGUAAAGAGCGUAUUUAUUAUUUAGAUAUAACAAUGUAAAAUUAAUACUAAUAUUGAGAUAAUGAGAAUGAGUAGUAGAGAGUCUAUGACUUAUAGACGUGAGGAUACUCGUCAAAUUAUGGAGAGAGAUAGUCCAUAAUGUAUAAAUAUAUACUGUAUAAAAAUACAUAGUUUUGCGCAAAAUAAAAUAAAAACUUUGCACAGUUUGCAGUUAUAUUUCUAUUUGUAAGAUAUAUCUAUGGUAAUCCGUACGUUCUUUAUGUCCAUUCUUUUUACUGAAUGUAUAUUAAUUAAAACAAUUUACAUGACUCAUUUCAGUUUAUUUACGACCGUCAUUAUUAUACAUUAUUUAUAUCAGAUUGCAAAAAGAUAUGCUCCUUCUCAUUACACGU